AAUCACUCUGAACUGAGAUUGCUAGUGGCUGCAGCCUGCUUAAGGAAAUGCAAAUCCUCUCCCGCCUUUCUGGAAAAUGAUGGAAAAUGAAGUGUUUGCAUCAUUUACUUUCUACAGCACGAUCUUGAUUAUAAAAAUGUAUGUUCUUGCCAUCAUUACAGGACAAGUGAGGCUCAGAAAGAAGGCUUUCGCCAAUCCAGAGGAUGCCCUGAGGAACGGAGGGCUGCAGUACUGUCGAGAGGACCCAGACGUGGAGCGAUGCCGCAGGGCCCAUCGCAAUGACAUGGAGAACAUUUUCCCCUUCCUCUUCCUUGGGGCCAUCUACUCCCUGCUGGAACCCAAUCCCAUUGUGGCAAGGAUCCACUUCCUGAUCUUCUGCGUGGGACGGAUAGUUCACACCGUGGCAUACCUUCUGCGGCUGAAAGCUCCCACACGCUCCGUGGCCUACAGCGUGGCACAACUGCCCUGCUUCUCCAUGGCGCUGCAGAUUCUCUUCGCGGUCAUCACACACUGGUAAUGUUGAAGAUAACCCGCCGCCGCUGAUGCUGCAACGUGGAUUGGAAAGACACGCCUUUGCUGCUUUCCCAAGAGAAGGACUCAUUCUGCUGUGGCUUCAGUGUCAGCAUCUCCCAUCUGGGCAGAGCUCAGGGUUCUGGGAAAUCUCCUCUGGGUGUGUGCAAGGUCCUAUUUCCAGGAGCAGGCUGCAGAGGUGGAAGGAUGUGGUCCUCGCAGCUGGGUGCUCGUGCAUUAAGUACUCAGUAAUGCCACAACAUUAGUACCACAGCAAUAGCAUUGUGGUGUCUUCCAAUCUUCUCGCUGGUGACCUGGGGGGGGGAGGGUUCUUGAGGGGAGGAGGGAAUGACGCCAAGUUAAGAACACAACUAAACCAGGAAGGUGAUGAAGGCUCUCUAAGUAGCCUGGCCCUAUCACUAUGGGGAGAGAAAAGCGGGAGACACUUGGUUCCCCGUAACUCACUUUGAUGGGAGUGUGUAUGGUGAAGAGAGAUGAUGUACCAUCUCCUCUCUUCGGCAAGAAUACCUGGUGAUGUAGC